AUGGCGGCGCGCACCUGCUGGGCGUUGGCGGUGGGUCUGUGGCUCCUGGCCGCGCCGGGCGCCGAGGGUGGCUGCGCCGAACUGGGCCAGUGCUGCCCGGGCAGGAGCCUGGCGUGCGUGAGUUCCGGGUGGCGACCGGACGGAUCCCACGGGCACUGCUACUGCGACCAGGCCUGCCCUUACACCUUGGACUGCUGCCACGACUACCGGCAAGUCUGUCCAGUGGUCCCCUGUGUGGUCUCUGAGUGGAGUGAAUGGAGCGGCUGUGCAGAGCCUUGUAAGGCGACCUAUCGGGUUCGAAGGAGGCGUGUCAUCCAGGAACCGAGAAAUGGAGGCGAAGCGUGUCCCCCUCUGGAGGAGAAGGCUGGCUGCUUGGAAUACUGGAAUCGGCAGGGGCAAGAAUGCAAGCAGUCCUUCCUCCCCGCAUUAAUAACUACAGGAGGCUAUGGGAAGGCAAGGAAGAAGCGUGCGGCCUCUAAUGAAAAUGAAAGAGCUGGGUAUUGUGUUGAAUUUCAGCUCCUGGCUAUCACAAAAGGUUGUCUGCAUGGGAACAGUUCAUACACUCACUGGAUGAAAUAUCUCAGUGAAGGACACAUUGUCUGUGUGGAGUGCCAGCAUCCGGCUUUGGAAUCCCGGAGUUUGCACUGCUCCGGGGAUGGCAGUGGAGCCAAAAAGAACCAGCAACUACACUGGCAGGCCGUGGGGAAUCCCCGAUGCAGGGGAACUUGGGAGAGAGUUCGCCAGCUGGACACUUGUUCAUGCCCUUCUGUUCACAGCUUCUUGUUCAUCUGAGCU